AUGUCUGAUGUGGAGAGAGCGAGGACUUGGUACGAUGCGACGCGAACGUUGUUUGCCAUUAUUCCUCCGCUGGUGUGCCCAGUGACAUUCUUUAUUGAUGCUCCGUUCGGGCGGUUCACGCCCUCGAAGGUUAGCAUUCUUUUGGUGGACGGUAUCAAGUCAUGGAUCGUCAUGGAGCUGGUCUCUCCGCUUAUGUUCAUCUACACAUAUAUCAGAGCUCCCUUGUCUGGCGGAUCAUCCCCACCCUUGACGCUCACGCAUCCCUCGACGUUUCUUUCGGCUCUCUUCCUCAUCCACUAUCUGAAUCGAGCUAUCAUCUCACCUCUUCGCACGCCUUCGCGUUCCAAGUCGCACAUUGUCGUCCCUCUUUCAGCAGUGUUAUUCAACUCCGUCAAUGGCUCGCUCCUUGGCACCUAUCUCUCCUCGCCCGCAGCACAGGCGUUCCUCGCUGGCGCCUUCUCCCGCCCACUCUUCUGGGUCGGCGUGGGCAUGUGGGCGGCGGGUCUCGCAGGAAACAUCAUACACGACGAGAUCUUACUCAACAUCCGUCGGAAAGCUAAAGUUAAGGGGAAGGCCCGCGCUGACGACGACAGAAACGGCGGAAAGGGCAACCAGGAGCAUUAUGCAAUCCCGCAUGGCUACCUGUACAAGUACAUCUCUUAUCCCAACUACUUCUGCGAGUGGUACGAAUGGCUAGGCUUUGCUCUCGCGGCAGCUCCUCUCCCGUCCUUCGCUUCCUUUGCCCAGCUAUUGGCGACGCUCUCCCCGCCAUACCUUUUCUUCCUCUCAGAAGUGUUCUUCAUGCUGCCGCGGGCGUAUAAGGGACACAAAUGGUACCACAGCCGCUUCCGUAAUUAUCCUUCUGAGCGAAAGGCGGUUGUGCCCUUCAUCUUCUAG